CUGUGCCACCCUGCGAACACCGAAACCUUCCAGCAUUCGCCAAGUCAUACAUGUAGUACAUGUUGUUUGUUAUUUUAUUAUUUUAUUUGGUCUAAGGAAUUUUCGGAAGGUGGAAUACAUGAUACCUACUAGGGAACCUUUAUUGUCACCAUAUCCCGUUAAAUAAGAAUACCGAGCCUAGGUAACUUUUAAUCUCAGCAAGCCUCGAGACCUCGGUACAAACAUGACGGAGAUCGUGAUGAGCCAAACACCACCUAUUCUCCACGGGCCGACCGAGAAAGAGAAGAAGUAUGAUAGACAGCUCAGGCUAUGGGCUGCUAAUGGUCAAGCCGCUCUCGAAUCAGCUAAUAUUCUCCUCGUGAACUCUGGCGCCGGCACCGUUGGCAUAGAAACACUGAAGAACCUUGUCUUACCAGGCAUUGGAAAAUUCACGAUAGCAGAUGACGCCUUGGUGAACGAGGCUGAUUUAGGCGUCAACUUCUUUCUCGAUGAGGGCUGCCUGGGAAAGCUCAGGUCAGAAUGCUGUACGAAACUGCUCCAAGAACUGAACCCAGAGGUCCAGGGGGAAUGGUUUCCAAAGAAAGAGGGCAUUUUAGAUCUACAAAGUAUUCUCGAGUCUUCGUCUACCUUCACACUCAUCAUGUACACGCAUCCUAUCAAAGAGGAACUCCUUUCGAUUAUGAAGUCUUACGCUCGUGAACAUAAGACGCCCCUGGUAGCGAUUCAUUCUGCCGGGUUUUAUUCUUAUUUCCGCAUUAGUCUUCCGGGAACAUUUCCAAUAGUCGACACCCACCCCGAGGUAGAGAAGACUACUGACCUUCGACUCUUAAAUCCCUGGCCUGAACUCGUCGAGUUUUCUCGAGAUAUGACGAAGGACAUUGAUGUCUUGGAUGAUCAUGAGCAUGGGCAUUUGCCAUAUGUUGUCUUAUUGCUCCACUACCUCGAAGAAUGGAGACAAUCACACAACGGCCAGAACCCCAUCAGCUAUAAUGAUAAGACGGCAUUCAGCAAGUUUGUCCUGAGCAAGGCGAGAACCAAUAACCCGGAGGGUGGGGAGGAAAACUUCCAAGAAGCCGCCACUGCGAUCAACAAGAAUAUCAAGGCCCCUGAAUUAGAACCUGGUGUGCAAGAAAUUUUUAAUCACCAAGUCUCGGAUGAGAUUGAGAGCCGGUCAUCUUUUUGGGUUAUCGCAAAGGCGAUUGAAGCAUUCUACAACAAGCAUGGUUGUCUCCCCCUGCCAGGGGCGUUGCCCGAUAUGAAGGCCCAGUCUACUGUCUAUGUCAAACUACAGAACAUAUACAAGGAAAAAGCUCGGCGAGACGCCCUGGAGGUGCUAGAAACCGCCAGGGCCCUACCUGGUGGCAAAGAGGUUGAUCCCGCUGAGGUAGACCUCUUCUGUAAGAAUGCUCGAUUUGUGAAGCUCAUCAAUGCAACGCCAACGAGUGAAGAUCUCGAUGCAAUCUUUGACGCUGAGACGACAAACGACGAGGCAGCCGAAGCCAUGAAGGUCGAGACCGACGGGGCAUUUACUCUCCCCAUGUCUAAUCUCUUCAUUUAUCUGGCUCUUGUGGCGACUAGCCACAAUGUAGCGUCUACCGCCGAUGAAAUCAUAAGCUCCAUAACAGGUUUAAUACCAAAGGCAGCCGGGAACCAGAGAGUACUGGAAGCUGCCCAGGAAGUAGCACGAGCUGCUGGCGGCGAACUUCACAACAUAUCCGCGCUCACUGGAGGAAUGGUCGCGCAGGAAAUCAUCAAAAUUAUCACGAAGCAGUAUAUUCCAAUCGAAAAUACCUGCAUAUUCGACGGCAUCAGUAGCCGGUGCCAGGUACUUCGGCUAUAGUAGGUGGGCCCCCGGGAAGGUUGACGGCUAGCUAGCAGAAGAGAUUCCCAUAGGCAUAUCAUCCGCAGAUCCGGGUUAUUCAUGGGGGAAUUGGAGAAUUUGUGGAGAAUGUCGAAAAGCCUGGAAGCUUGGCAUACUACAUAUUCACACCAUCUCUCCUUUCUGGCUGGAGAAGGCGGGGGAUGUUGUUGUCGGACCGCAGACCCUCUGCGGUAAUGCCAGAAAUGAUGUACGACAGCUACUAAAUGUAGCCUAAUCGUACCCUCGGUCAACGAUAAAUAAUUUUACCUUCACUAACUAUUACGAAAGAAACCUACCUACCUAAGGUACCUACACAACUAGAUGAAGUCACAACCAGUUACACUAAACAUGGAGUGCAUGCUGGUGCUUUAUGUUAUUCUCCAUGAAUGGUUGAAGUGACGCUGUGGCUGCCACAUGCUUGAUAUUGGCCUUGAAAAUUCUGGGUUACGUGUGUCCACUCCCCAAUACAACUGUACAAUCGAAAUUGCUCUGGAUCAGAUCUAAGAGGGUGUAACUUUCAGGUACGGGAGCAUUAUG